AUUGGCAAACGUUUCUCGUAUUCUCUCCCUCGAUAAACCCUUCUGCCUCAGCUCACCAGAGAGAGAGAGAGAAAGAGAGAGAGGCGAGAAAAUGGUGCAGCGGCUCACUUACCGGACGCGGCACAGCUACGCCACCAAAUCCAACCAGCACCGUGUCGUCAAAACGCCCGGUGGGAAACUGGUGUACCAGAGCACCAAGAAGCGAGCUAGCGGUCCCAAGUGCCCGGUCACUGGCAAGAGAAUCCAAGGAAUUCCUCAUUUGAGGCCUGCUGAAUAUAAGAGAUCCAGAUUGUCUCGAAAUCGGAGGACUGUGAACCGUGCUUAUGGUGGGGUCUUGUCUGGAGGUGCCGUAAGGGAAAGGAUCAUCAGAGCCUUUUUAGUGGAAGAGCAAAAGAUUGUGAAGAAAGUCUUGAAAAUUCAGAAGGCCAAAGAGAAGCAAGCUGCUAAGAGCUGAGCUUUGGAAGAUAUUUUGAUUCAAAAUUGCAGCGAGAGAAUUUUGGACAUGCCCAGGCAUCAGAGAAAUGUAAUUUGUGGUAUUCAAAUUUCGUUUUGUAUCUUCUUAGGCUGUUUGAACUAGUACUUCAUUUCUUCACUUUGUCAACAAGUAGAUUAUGCUGGUGCUCUUUUUGACCA